GUACGCGAUCAGGUCGUGCACGAUUUUCUGAUUGGCUGAUGGCUGAGGGAACAGGGCGCUGUCACAGGGGUUCGCAGGACCAGUCCUCAGGCUCCGGGAGGCCUGGGGCUACGCGCUCGCUCCUGGCCAUCAAGUGGUUAACGUCUUCCAUUUGGUGGGGGAGGUUUUCACAUCUGCAAAACAACUUCAGGAAAUGUGCAUCAAUUACUAUCAUCUGGGUACUUCGGAGAGGAGCUAAAGCAGAGGCUGUGGGGGAAGGCCUGUACCGGGAAGGCCCCCAUGGUGUCCUGCCCGGUUGCACUGUCAUUCACUUAAAGACAGUUAAUAAGCGGGUGUGUGCAAGUGUUACGAUUGGCUGUGGCCUCGGGGUUAUGUUGAUAAGUUAGACCUGUUUGCUGUUCUGGGGAAAUUAGUCUUGAGGGGAAUGAGCUAUAGUCACUUAGUUUUUAAACUUUUUGUUUUGAAAUAUCAAUGGUUACGGGUCCAGGGGCAGGUGUAAAGAAGCGUCCUGGAGGUGCAUCCUUGCCCUGCCACCCAGCGUGGGCGUCUGCGUGAGAUGCCCAGACACGCAUCCCCACCAGGAAACUGGCUUCCGAGCAGCCACGGAGCUGAUUCGUGUGUGUGUGUGUGUGUGUGCGUGCGUGCGUGCGCGCUUGUGUGCGGUUCUGUGCAGUCGGAGCUCACGUAGCACUUCCUGGACCCCCCACCGUGGUCCCCACACGGAGCCAUGUCCUCGCCCCAGAGAGCCCCGUGGGCUCACCCUUGGCCGCGCACCCAUCUGUUGUGUUAGGGUCCUUACAGAGGUGGAGACUGCCCUGGGCAGCCUUCUGAGAUUGGCUUUCUCGCUCUGCAUGACCCCCUUGAGACCCAUCCGAGUCCCCCAGCCACUGGUCACUCCUCCGUGCUGUGUGCUGGCACCUGAGUGGCAGCCUCUCCCCGCUUGAAGGGCUUGGUUUCCAGUAUGGGGCUCUUACGAGUGGAGCUGCUGUGGACAUUCUGGAGGUGAGAGCUACGACCUUGAAAGGAGAUUCAGACGACAGGGGACCUUUUUCCGUCUGUGGCACGAUGUUUGCGCGAGGGCUGAAGAGGAAGUGCGCGGAGGACGAGGAGGCCGCGCCCGCGUACAGUCUGCAGCGCCAGUCGCUCCUGGACAUGUCGCUGGUCAAGCUCCAGCUGUGCCACAUGCUGGUGGAGCCCAACCUGUGCCGUUCGGUCCUCAUCGCCAACACGGUCCGGCAGAUCCAAGAGGAGAUGACCCAGGACGGGAGCUGGUGCGUGCCGGUGCCCCAGACCGCGGGGCGGGCGUCACGCGACCGCCUGGUGUCCACGGAGAUCCUGUGCCGCUCGGCGCGGGAGGGGGCGCGCCCAGCCCAUGACCCCGGAGACCCGGCCUCUGAGCUCCAAGUGGUCCCAGCAGCGCAGGCUCCCGGGGCCCCUCCCGGUGGCGUUUGGGACGGGGACGGUCCUCGAGAAAACAGAGGAAGCUUUCACAAGUCGCUCGAUCAGAUAUUUGAGACACUGGAGAGUCAAAGCCCCGGUGCGGUGCAGGAGCUGUUUUCCGACGUGGACGGCUCCUACUACGACCUGGACGCCGUGCUGACCGGCAUGGUGGGCGGUGCCAAGUCGGGCCAGGACGGGCUGGAGGCCUUUGCCGCCACGGCUGCCCCGUCCCCCAGUGCCGGCUGCAAGUCGGACCUGGGCGAGCUGGACCACGUGGUGGAGAUCCUGGUGGAGACCUGAGCCGCGGCCGCGGCACACAGCAGAUGUGUUUGCGAGGCCCACGAAAGCAGCCGGCGCGCUGGGGGUGUGGGUGCCCGCUGCCCUGCAGCCGGGGCUGGCCUCUGGUUUGUCUGCGAUUAGGAGACCGACCCAGAACAGCAUCCGGUCCGCCCGCUCCCCCCUCUCUCCCUCCCUCCCAGGGCUGGGCUGCUUUCCCGCAGGCCGGUCAUCGCGGCUGCCCUGGGCCCUCGUCUGUGUCCUGCUACAGCCCCGCUGGAGGAUGCCAGCCCCCUUCCGCAUCCAGCCUCAUCCAACUUUAGAUAGGUGAAUUUUCUAAAAUUAAGUUUUAUAUGUUUUGGGCAAUAUUUUGUCUUAAGAUAUAUUUUUAAACUUUUAAUACUUUUAUCACUUUAGAUUUUUUUAGCUAUUUUCUUAAAAAUAUAUUUUUUCUAUAAACAUUCUCUGCUGCUACAUUAGAAACUUUUAUAACCUAAACAGUUGCAGUUGGUGUAUUUCAUUUUUUUUAAGGUUUAACACACACUGUUCUUUUUCCAACAAGCGUCACUGCCCUGAGUCUGCAGUGUCCACACAUUGUGAUUUCCACUUUAGACUCGGGUGUGAGCCUUGCCCAUACCCACUGCUGCGGUCAGAGCGAGGUCAGAGUUGAAGGCCUUGCACGGUGGUGCCUUUACCAGAUCUGCUGUGCGAGCCACGUCUCAGUUAGACUUCAGUGUAGAUUUUGGAGGGUUUUAUUUAUGCCUAUUUAUGUAUAAGUGUCUUCAGAGCCGACGGUCAGGUACGGUCUACCUGGAGAUCAUGCGCGCCCUGAGGUGUCUUGGGCGGUGCCUCCAGAGGGUCUGUGACUCGGGGCCCCUCCUGCGCGGGUUCCCAGCACAGCUGACCUUCCUCCCGAAGAUGCUGCCCUCCGCGUGCCCCUGCCUGGCCGGGCUGCUGGACCCGCGUCAGCAGGGCCAGUGUGCCAGUGUGUUUGGGGAAGGCGCGUGUCCGUGCACCACUGGAUUGGAGAGUGGUGGCAUAAAUUUAAGUCUAGGGUUAAAGAAGUCUGUACACAUGUCAUCUGUGGGCCCUCGAUCUUGAGGGUCGUUGACGGUGGGGUUGGCUGGGUGGUGUGUGUGCCCUGUGACCCUGCCCCAGGCACCGAGACCGCCCGCGACUUUUAGAUCUUUUUCACUUGUUUGCAAGUGAGACUGCACUCUCUGCACACCCACCCCACGUUUCCCGUUUCUCGUGCUUUUUCUUCCUUCUCCAGCCCUUAGCCAAAAAGGGUUGUUUUCUUUUGCGCAUAUGCCAUUCUUAGUGUCAGUGGUGUGCACCUCAUUUUAUUAAAAAAUUAUCCAACAAAGUGGAAAUGUGUUGUCAAUUAUCUACCAUGUCGUAGUCCUCGAGUGGGUCUUUUUACCCUAGUUGAGCUCAGCCAGAUUAUCUAAGGGAGACUGUGGGGCUGCGAAGGGAUUCCCCGUGGGUUGUUGACAGGCAGGCUGUGGGACGACUUCAUCACCUGACCUCGCAGGGCUCUGAGGCAACUCUCCCCACCCCAGCUCUUGUGGCAGAAGACAGGUGAGGGACAGCGCCCUUGGAUUUGGGCCGAUGGUGGGAGCCUAGCCUGGUCAGGAAGCUGUGGGUGAGAGGCAGGCUGUGGCUCUCAACAUCCAAGGGUUGCUUCCUUCAGAGUUUGAAAGUAUUUCCUUGUGGAAAGUAGCUUAAGUGUAUGUUUUAUAAGCAACAAACCUAAAGAGGUAUUUUGUGUCUUUAUGGCAUUUCUAUCUUUUUAAAACAUUUGCUCAGUUUCAGGGUAGCUACAGUGUCUUAUCUGGCAGCCUUCCACAGUAUGACACAGGCAGGGCUCAGGGUGGGGAGCGGGCAGCGCCUAUAGCCAGGCUUCGGCUUUAGGGUCCCCAACCCCUGAGAGGCUGAGACCCCAGCCUCCUUUCUGCCCCUGCUAGUGACCCCUCCUUCCUCCCUUUGCUCCUCGGGUUCUUUCCAGCCACCCACUCAUUUCGGCAGCUCCCUUGAGGUGCUGAUGGCCUAGACGUCCUGGGCAGGGCGAGGUGGGGCCCUGCUGGACACCGAUUCCUCUGGAAGCAUCAGAGUUUCUCCAGAGAGGAGCAGAGGCAGGUGGCCAGUUGCUGGCGAUGGAUUUGAAUUGAAUAUGGAAGGACGGGGCGGGGCGGGGCUUUAAACCCCCGUGUGCGUGUGGUCACGUGUCUGUAAACUUUGGAAAAGGAAGGCUGCCGCCUUCACCCCACCACCUCUCCUGGGCUGGUCCUGGGCUCCGGGUCAGGAAGCUGGGUUUGUGGGGAGCGAGUCCUGGUGUGUGUUUGCAGUUGCUUCUGAGCACAGCUGAGCUCCGGCCAGCGCCUCCCCCGGAAGGACUUGGAGUUCGCUUGCUGCUGUCCGCAGGGCCCGGUGUCCCGGGAGCACGUGGAGGGAGGGGAAGUGGGGCUUCGUGGAGGGAGGCAGCAGCCAGCCCUCGAAAGCAAAGACUGCGGAGGGUCCCCAGCCUGAGGGCAGUUCAAGGUACAAGCCUUGGCCAGUGGCAGGUCCUCACGCUGAAACUUCUGAACCGUCGCUAAUAAACAUACAUCGAGUUAUCUUUAUGGACAGUAAGUGAUGUGAGAUAGUCAUCACACGAGAAGGUGAUUAAAAAGCUCGUAGGCAAUGCAGGUUGAAGUACUGAGACGUGUCAGGCAGCGAUGAAUCCCAGUUCGGUUACUUUUCUGGAGUUUGUGAAUUCCACUCUAAGCACUGCUUGCGUUGCUUCCCUCCAUAUUUUGAUGUUGUGUUUUCCUCGUCAUUCAUUUUUAGAAUAAACGUUGUCACGUGUCCUGGCUGUCUGUUGCUUCCUCCCCCAUGUGGCUGGUUCCUGGGCUGGCAGACUCCAACACUGGGUCCCUGGGCAUCUCUCGGCUUCCGUCUGUGUGGUCACUCAGGACCCCUUCCCUAGCGUGGAGGCAUCAGAUCAGGGAAGCCAGGCUCCUUUUUACACAAUGGCCAAGGUCUCUCCAGGCCUGUGUCUCUGAACCCAGCUCUGUGACGCUGAUUGAGACUUGGUGGCAGAAACCCCAGAGUGCCCGCCAGAGGGGCUUUCUCUCUGCUCUCCGACCCCCACUUCUGCGAGAGCUGCCUCUGCUCGGGGGGGAUUUCUUGCAGCUCUCCCCCUCACGCCUGGGCUGGAGGAUGGGC